UUGAUAUGAAACCAAACGGCUGUUGGGUUAAAGUUGAAGCCGUUGAUGUAAACUGUUGUCUUUAAAUCUACACGAGCCUAAAACAGCUGUAGAUUUCCCUGUAAUAUUGAAUGGAUAGCUUCAGCAUUCUCCCGUCAGAUUGAGUUUACCGGGUCAUUCAGUAACGUUAAAGUCUUUCGUUAAUGUCAGUUACUGUAACGUUGACCUGAAGUUGCCAAUGAGCAGUGAGCAGUGACGACAACAGCGGUGCAUCUCUGAGGAGCCAGGCGGAGAGUGGCCGGACUGACCUGUCGAUUUUAUCGAUUUUUUUUCUUUGAACGCGAGUUUAUAAUUAAAGGAAAUCAUGAGGUAAUUGUCGGUCAUCAUCAAUGAGCUGUCCAGUCAGUCCUGAGACCAGCACUUACUUGUGAACAAGAAAUCAGUCGUGAAGGAAAGGUCGAGUCGGAUGGCUAACCUAGGUAUCGUUAACUAGCGUUGCUCACAGAACAAUAACGGUCAUGUUAGAUCAUAGAGAAACAGUGGAGUGGAUGUCGGUGCCACAGAUCACCCUGGAGGAAGAGGAGAAGGUGAGAGGAAGAAAUGCCUUUUUAGGGGAGUCGCCUGGUCUGAGCAGCAACGAUGCACCUCUGCCAAGCCAACUUGGAUUAAAUUUGGCGCCCCCUCUUAACACCCCAGAGACAAGCCCCUCUCCUUCAGGCCUGCUGUCCUUGCCAUGGGAGAUGGUUGCCCGCAUUGCCUCACAUCUACCAGCACAGUGUGUCAUCAAUGUUCUACCACAGGUGUGCCGCGCUUUGGGUGAGGUGGGUGAGGACACCUCAGCCUGGCAGCUCCGGGCUCACCGCCUGACGGGCCCAAAAACCUCCUUUCCUGUUGGGCCGAGGGACAACUUUGAUUGGCCUACAGCCUGCCUGGAGAUGGAGCAGCUGAUUGAGCGCUGGGCUAGGCAGGAGGAGUGGGCUGCAUGUCAACGAGUUGCGCAAGUGCAAGAAGCAGAGGGAGAGCAGGAGAUAGAAGAGAUCCCAGAGCAGGAUGGCGCUGAUGAAGAAGGUGAAGAAGCAGCUGGAGCAGUGAAUGGAGCAGCACAUGAAGCUGUGAUAGAGCCAGACAGGCCUCAAGCAUCACAAGAAGAUGUUGAAGAUCGUCCUGUAAGACAUAGAGAAGGAGAAGUAAGGGACGACAAUGCAGCACCAAUCAUUAGAGAUGAGGGAAGAGAGAACGGAAUCGCUGGUGGUGUUGCUGAGGAUGGGCAGAACUAUCAAAACCACCCUGAAGGCGGAGGUGGAGACCGUAGGCAAGACAAUGACAAUCUUGAGGACAUGAUGUAUGAAGCUGCAGAUGAAGGUGCAGUUACUGACCCCCCACCUGCCCGAUCACCCAGUCCUCCCCCAGCCCUGGAGCACAUCACUCUCCCGUCGGGUCACAUCGCAGAUGUCAACUCCGUCCUGCUGGUGGGCGGUGAGGGCGCAGUGUGUGCCUCCGGCUCCAGGGAUCGCAACGUCAAUCUAUGGGACCUGCGCAGGGGCCCCAGGGGGGUGCUUCUGCGCACGCUGGGGGGCCGUGGCCUCUAUAGCACACACCGGGGUUGGGUGUGGUGCCUGGCGGCCAGCGGACCUCUCCUGGCCUCUGGCUCUUUCGACAGCACGGUUCGUCUGUGGGAUCUGGAGGCCGGGGGCGCCGAGCGGGGGCUGAUCCGCGGCCGAGCCGCCGUGCUCUGCCUCUCCUGCCAGGCAGAUACACUGCUUGCUGGGUCACAUGACCAGAAAGUGAGCAUUUAUGAUACCAGAGCCGCAGAGCCUCUGGUCAAGAGCCUUCGUCUCCAUGGUGACGCCGUACUGUGCCUGGCCUCAGAUGAACAGUACAUUCUCUCUGGCAGCAAAGACAACACAGUGGCAGUGUUUGACCGCAGAGCCGGGAGACUACUGAAGAAAGUACAGCUGAAGUCCUACUUGCUGUCCAUGUCGUACAGCGGACGAGAGGUGUGGGCAGGAGAUAAUCACGGACUUGUCCACACCUUUUCCAUGAACGAAGGCUCCUUUAAGUCUAUAGCUCAGUUUAAUGUGGGCCACAGUUCACUGGUGACGGGCGUCCAUAACUCACCUGGCACCCUCUACACAUGCUCCUCUGAUCGCACUAUUAAGGUUCACCUCCCAUGCGCACCCCCAAAGACUCUGUGUACUCUUCACCAUCAGGCAGGAGUGAACGGGUUAAGUGUGGAGGCGGGCGUGUUGGCUAUAGCUUCUGGUGAUAUGAACGUGGAGGUGUGGAGGCCCAGGCAGUGACAGCUCACUACAGAGAGAUUCUGUAUGAACCACAGACGACACCCUCUAUCUGUCUGGAGAGCAGUUUGUCUAGUAGGAGGUGUGGGAAGGAUCGUCUGUUCAGCGUGUUGUCUUGUGAUGAUGUAAUCGUAUAAUCUGCCAAAGGCACUACACUGAUAAGUUUACCUUCAUGUGUGUUUGUGGAAAAAAAUACAGCAACACUAUAUGUGUUUUAAACAUA